UAACUCUCCCGUGCAUCGAAUUUGGGAAGAAAGUGGCAUCGAAUUUGGAAUCCCAACUCCCAAAACAUCCUUAACUCAACUGUCUUAUUUCUCUUGCUCUCUGCGCUGCCGAAACAGAUUCGCUUCCACCAAGGAAUCGCUGUCGUAGGGUUUUGUGGAAAUUGUGGGAGUUGGUCGCUCUUUAAACUUCGAAGGUAAAGCUUCGACCAUAUGGCAAGAAUCAAACCUCAAGCUCUGCUACAACAAAGCAAAAAGAAGAAGGGGCCGGCUCGAAUGAGUCUCACUACUAUCAUUCUAUUCAGUUUGAUUGUUGUGUUGAUUGUGUUUUUUCUGUUUUCUACAUACAGACAUUGGACUCACAGGUCAAGAUUACAAUCAGGCAAUGGCUUAUUCAUUUCUGAGGGUGAGAAUGAAUUUGGGGAUCCAAAGAAAUCUGAUGUCCCUGGAUAUGCUGUUUUGAAUACCUCAAAAGGCCAUAUAGCAGUGGAACUUUACAAGGAAAGUUCUCCUGAAGUUGUUGAUGAAUUCAUUGACUUAUGUCAAAAGGGGCACUUCAACGGGAUGCCUUUUAACCAUGUUAUAAAACACACUCUGAUUCAGGCAGGAAAAAACCAAGAGUUUGGAGCAUCAGAAGAUUGGACUUCGAGAGGAAAGCAUUACAGUCAACUUGACUCAAGCAGUCUGAAACACGAAGCUUUCAUGCUUGGAACUUCUAAGGGUAAACGUGAUAACAAAGGAUUUGAGCUGUUCAUUACAACUGCACCAAUCCCUAAUUUAAAUGAGAAGGUUAUUGUAUUUGGGCGGGUCAUCAAGGGAGAGGAUGUUGUUCAGGAAAUUGAAGAGGUGGAUACAGACGAAAAUUAUGAACCUAAAUCUUCUAUUGGGAUCAUCAAUGUGAGCCUGAGACAGAAAAUAUGAGGCUGCCCUGCUCAAUUAGGUGCAUUAUAGCUUACUUCCUCCUUUCUAGGUAGCUCACAUGGACUAUAGUGCUCAUUGAAACUCUCAUCUCUAGUCAUCAAUGGAGGAUUUAAACCAAGAUACUGCUCUUGGUGUUAUAUGUAAUGGCUGAUAAAGAAGAGCUUAUCAAUUCCUUUCGUGAGCAUGCUUCUGAGGCUUGAUAGACACUAAUUCUACUUUGUAUUACAGAUUGGAUGUAACUUUCACAUGAGUUAAUGAGGCUAGAGUAGGUUUCUGUGGUUUUGAGAAUGAUU